AUGGACGCGCGGAGCCUCGCGUCGGCCGAUGGAGCGCAUUCGCCGUGUGUUGGCACAGCGCAGCACGGCAGCGUGGCCAGCGGGCUGCACCAAUGCGACGCGGGGCUGAGGGAUGGCGAGCGCAGCGCGUCAUGUAACGGGAUAAGCAGCGCGCGUCAGGCAGGGUCGGAGGGAAAUGAUGUGCGAAACGGGUCGUGGCGGAAGCGCAUUGCGCGCAUGGUGCACGGAAGCAGUGAGCAGAACGGCGUCGCAGCAGAUAGUAAGGGUGGCACGGACGUAAGCGCGGGUGACGACCAACGCACGUGGGGGUCGGAGGAGAGGUCGUGGGAUGUGGAGGCAGGUCGGGGUGCGGGCAGCGGUGACGGAGCGAGCGCCGAGGCACAGCCGCGCAGCAGCGCCUUUCCUUACGACUGGUUCGUUGCAAAGCGGCCUCACGACCGCCAGCCGCUGCAGCCCGACGAGCGAACCUGGCGAGGGAUCAAUGCACGCCCCGCCACGCCUGCGUCCUCCGCGUCGUCCGCGUCCGCCAGUUCCCCCGCCUGGCCCUCCGCCCGCCCGUCCGCGACCCCCGCGUCGCCGCCGUGCCAGCAGCCGGACGAGAUGAUUACGUCAGCGUCGUACGAGGUAGUGGCGGAUGAUAUGGAGGAGGAGGAGGAGGAGGAGGAGGAGGAGGAGGAGGAGGAGGAGGAGGAGGAGGAGGAGGAGGAGGAGGAGGAGGAGGAGGAGGAGGAGGAGGAGGAGGAGGAGGAGGAGGAGGAGGAGGAGGAGGAGGAGGAGGAGGAGGAGGAGGAGGAGGAGGAGGAGGAGGAGGAGGAGGAGGAGGAGGAGGAGGAGGAGGAGGAGCGCAUGAGCGACGCGGGGUGCACGGACGACGGACUCGACGCUACCACCGACUGCCACGACCAACUCUGCUGCUGCUGGCCCCUCCUCCCCGCCUCCCCCACUCGCCCCACUCCCCUUCCCCCCGCCGACUCGCGCGCCUCCGACUCAUCCGCGGGGAACACGGAGGGCGAGGAUGCGAAGCGGAGCACGCGGGGAGCGGGCGAGGCGGGGAAGGGAGAGGCGAGGCGCGGGGCGGUGGCGUGGGCGCGCAGCGUGGACUGGGGGUCGCGGCGCUGCCAGCUGUCCAUCUUCGCCGCCGUGAUGCUGGCGGGGCUGGCGGCGGCCGCCGUAGUGUUCUGGGCGACGUUCAGGAGCUACCAGCACAGCAGCAUGGUGCGCCGCCCGCGCGCCCUCGCAACACCUAUUGCCGCCUGCACUAGACCGCGUCCUCUCUCCCCCUCCCCCCUCCCCCCCGCGCUGUGCGCGUGGCAGGACGUGCUGACGACGUUGUGCGACACGUGGGCGGCGCUGCUCAACGAGCGACUGCAAGACUCUGCCAAACAGGCCCGCGUGCUGUCAGCGCUGCUCUCCAUCCUCUACUUCCGCUCCACCCCACCCGUGCUCAACCAGAGCAUGUUUGCGGACAUCAUGAGCGAGUCACAGCUGUCCAUGCAUCUCUUCCACAACGUCGCCUUCGCCCUGCGUGUCUCGCCCGCCCUGCGCCCCGCCUGGGAGGCCCUCAACAACGCCACGGCACCCUGCAUCAUGGACGAGGGCAGGGGGUGCACGGAGGAGCGCAUGGAGUAUGCGCCCAUAGUGUUUGAGGAGCUCGCCCAUGCGCCACACCGCGGCCUCGACCUCUACCAAUUGGACCAGCUGAACGCCACGGUGUGGCGGGCGCGGCAGCAGCUACGAGCAGUAGUGUCGCCCAUCCUGGCCGCCAUGCACGCGCCCACCGCCGUGCACUUCUCCCCCGCCGCCUCCUCCGACGCACACGUGUUCAAAGUGCUGCCUGUGUUCCGCUCCGCGCGCGCCUACUCGCCUGCUGUUCCCGCUGGGCAUGACGGCGACGAGGGCGUGGCGAGUGAGGGGCUGGGCGCGGGCGUGGGGGAGGGCGAGCUGGGGGGAUUCAUGGUGGCGGAGAUGGACGUGGAUGGGCUGUGGAAGGACAUCAGCAAGGCGACAUCACCAGCGGCGGACAUGGUGUUGCAGAUAGUGGACGUGACGGAUGGCAGUGCACCGCAGCUGGUGCUAGACGCCUCGCGCCACGUGUACAACCCCGCAGACCGGGUGGCAGAGGGGCCCUUUGCUCGUGUCAACAGCAUUGACUUCGGCGACCAGUUCCGGCAGUACGAGCUCCGAUGCAGGUACGCGAGUGUGCCAGUGCCGGUGCUGCCGGUGGUGUGGAUGGUGCUGGUGCUGGUGGUGGUGGCGGGGGCGGCGUACCUGCUGUGUGUGGCGCAGAGGCAUCUGAGUGUGGCGAGGCGCAACCUGAGGCGCAUGGGGCUGCUCAAGGACCGCAUGAAGCGCGCCAAGGUGCUGGCGGAGAUGGGCAACCGCGCCAAGGGCACCUUCCUCGCCACCAUGAGUCACGAGCUGCGCACUCCCCUCAAUGGCGUCAUCGGUGCGUGCCGCUGCAUGCAGCCCCCACACUCCACUCGCCUCGCUCCGGCCCCUCUGCUCUCUGCACCUCUCCUUCGCGCGCGAUUUUCGGUUCCUUGUGCACCGCUCGUUAGCAGAAUCAAGCAGCACGUGCCAACCACGUCACAUGCGCCCACGCCUAAACAUGUUCCCCUCCCCCCUCUCUUGUGCGCGCUGCACGUGGUGCGUGCAUGGGUGGCAGGCAUGAUGAAUCUGUUGCUGGAGACGCCAUUGAGUGCGGUGCAGCUGGACUACGUGGACACGGCGCGCACGAGUGGCAGGGCGCUCGUGGACCUCAUCAACGACAUCCUGGACCUCUCCAAGAUCGAGGUCACCCACCUCUACAUGCCAUGCCAUGCCAUGCACGGCUUGCCGUCCCCCACCAUCCAGUUUUUCUCUGCCUCUCCCACUUGCUCGCUCCCUUCCUCUCACUACUUGUUUCCAUUUCUCCCCCCCCCCUCUCCCCCCUCCCACGCCUCUUUCCCUUGUGCUGCGGUCCGCCGCUGCCUGCCUGCGCGCGCUGUGCUGUGGGCGACGGGCAUGCAGGCGAAGCGCAUGGUGUUGGAGAGUGCGGCGAUGGACGUGCGCAGCGACGUGGUGGACGACGUGCUGAGCAUGUUCGUGGACCGCAUCCGCGCCAACCCCCACGUCGAGGUCGCUGCCUACGUUGAUCCCGCCGUGCCCUCCCUCAUCUUUGGAGACUCACUGCGCCUGCGCCAGGUGCUGAUGAAUCUGCUGUCCAACAGCUGCAAGUACACGGCGCGAGGCCACAUCUUCAUCUGUGUGCGUGCCGUGCGCUCAGACGAGGACCUGCGCCGCGUGCUGCUGCUGCACUCGCGCACCACCACCACCGCCCACGCCCUGCCACACCGCGGUGGCACAGGCCCAGGCCCCCAUGACUCGUCGGCGUGGCGUGUGGUGUCGCCGUCCGCCCUCAUGCGCCCCGCGCUCUCAGGCCCCGGUGCCGGCCCCGGCCGCCUGCAGCGCGCUUACCUGGGGUCAGGGACGCUGGGGGGCGAUAGGGUGCUGCGCGAGGGCGGAGAGGGGGAGGAGGGCGUGGAGGGCGGUGGCUGGUCCAGCAGCAGGGAUGAUGACAGUGCUUCCAUGUGCGGGGAGGAGGGCAGGGGUAGUAUGGAGAGGGAAAAGGAGAGGGGGAGAGAGAGGAGGUGUUAUGAGACACUGAGUGGGUAUGAGGCGGUGGAGAGCUGCAACAGCUGGGCGCAUGUGCGCAUGCAGCAGCAAGCCAUGGCGUCUGGUGGUGCAUUGGAGCAGGGAGCGAGUAGAGGGGGUGCGGGAGGGCAGGGGGUGGCAGCAUCAUCAGGGAUGGUGCGACUGGUGGUGUCUGUGGAGGACACGGGCGAGGGCAUCCCGUUGAGUGCGCAGAAGAGCAUUUUCAAGCGCUUUGUGCAGGCGGACGCCAGCAGCACGCGCACGCAUGGUGGCACGGGCAUCGGGCUGACCAUCUCACGGCACCUGGUGCACCUCAUGGGCGGCAAGCUCAGCUUCGUGAGCCGCCCUGGCAUCGGCACCACCUUCUACUUUGACUUCACCGUGCCCUUCCACGCCCCCAAACCACCCGCUGCUGCUGCUGCUCCUCGUAGUGCCGGGGCAGCAGUGGGUGGCAGGGCAGGGCGAGGGGUAUCUAGUAUCAACUCGAGCGACUGUGUGUUCACAGCUCCUCCUCUCUCCCCGCCCACGCUGCAACACCAGGACGAGCUAUACCAGGGGCACCAGGCAGCAGGGCACCAGGCAGCAGGGCACGGAGUGGAGGGGGGCCCUCAUGGCAGUGCGCGUACCGCUGCCGGCCUGCAGGGAGACGCGUCAGCAGAGAAUGGAAGGGACAUGGCUGUAGGCGCCCUUGGCAGCGCGAGUGCUGGUAUGGAAGGUGUGAGUGCGGGUGGUGCAGGUGGCAGUGCAGGGUCGUGGGAGGCGGUGUGGGCAGCGCGGGGCAUGGUGGUGGUGGUGGAGCAUGAGUGGCUGGCGGACAGGGGCGGGUUGGCCAGGGGGUGGCGGCACCGCGUGGAGGCAGCAGCGGGGUGGGUGGUGCAGCAGUACCGCCGCUCCCACCACCAUGCGCUCACUGCUGCCACACCACACACUGGGGGUGCUGCCAACAGCAGCAUGGCAGGAGCGGCCGAGCAAGGGCGGUGGUUUGGGUUGCCGGAGAGGUGGCGGGCGAUUGUGGUGUUGCGUGAUGCGAGGCAGGCAGGCGGGCUGAAGCAGCGCCAUGGCGUGGCAGCCGUGCUCAUCAAGCCCAUCCGCCACGCCGCCCUCGCUGGCUGCCUGGGGGAGGCCCUGGGGAUGGACGCCGCCCCUGCUGCCCAUACCCCGGCCGCCCAACCUGCCCCCGCCCUGCACAUGCCUGCAUCCGUGCUUCUCCCACACUCUCCUGCUGCGCGUGCUGGGCUGGACGGAGGGGGGCGGGCAGGGGUGUGCGAUGAGAGUGAGGGCGGCGAGGAGGCCCCUCUUCUGCCGCUGAGUGCGUCCGUGGGUUCGUCACCGGCUGUGCCUGGGUGCUGCGUCCCACUGGCAGCACGCUCAGGCAUGCAGCACCGCAGCAGCAGCACCAGUGCUCUGGCAGCGCUGUGUGGGGCGGGCAGGGGCGCACACGGAGGAGAAGGGCUAGGGGCGGAGCAGGCACAUGUGAGGGAGGGCGGUGGUGGGGGCGAGGAGGCUAGUGCAAGGUCUGCACGUGAGGGGCGUGGGGGGAUGGCAGGGAAUGUGGUGGGUGAGCAUGUCCCAGCAGUGGCAGCAGAGGAUGCAGGAACCCAGUUGGCAGCAGGGGCCACAAGAGGAAAAAGAGACGUGGCUGGUGGCGGUGUGAUGAGCAGUGCAAGGCACAAGAGCGCUGCUGCUGCAGGGCUGUGCCAUGCUCUGGAAGGCUCCAAGUUCCUCGUGGCGUGCGCAUGGCAGGUGGAUGACAAUAUGGUGAACCGCAAGGUGAUCAGCAAGAUGCUGCAGCGCUACGGUGUGCAUGUGGAAGCCGUGGAGGGGGGCGCACAGGCGCUGCAGCGCCUGCAGCAGCCACAUGAAUUCGUGGGGGUCUUCAUGGACGUGCAGAUGCCAGGCAUGAACGGCUUCCAGGCCACCAGGGCCAUUCGCAACAUGGAGGCCGCUCAAGGUGCUGCCUGCACGGCACCGCUGCCCACUGCUGCCACCGCACAGGAGAGCGUGCCUGCCACGCCAGUCGCACUAGCUGAUCCUCAUACGCAAGCACCACCGCCCCCUGGGGUGCCGUCGCCACUGCCAGCAGCAGCCACAGCACAGCGUGGCACUGUCGCUCCCCCCUCGCCGUCAUCCCCAUGCCCGCCUCCUGCAUCGCCCUGCACGCCCCCUGGUCGCCCUGCACCGCGGCAGCGCCUGCUGGUGUUUGCCCUCACGGCGGACAUUGGUGGGGGCACGCGGGAGCGGUGUGCAGUGGUGGGCAUGGACGGGUACAUGACCAAGCCCAUCGAGGAGGACCAACUCGCCUCUGUUGUGCUGCCCUUCUUCCACCCGCCUCCCACCGCCCCUCACACACACCCGCCUCUUCCUGCUGACCCAACUGCUUCCCCUCAUUGA